GAUCGUUACAACAUUUCUUGAUUUGAAACAAUCCCUGACCAAAUUUUCUAUUUGUAUUUGUAUCAUUAUCAAUGCCAUCACUAGAAAGUGUCUGCCCGCGUCAAAACACGAGCUCAGUCUCCCAUAAAAAUUUCCAACGAUUUGAAAUGAUCGUAAUAAGCGUAGACACUUGAUUCCCCUCCCCCUCAUGCCCCAUCUUCGAUGAUAUUCUCAGGCCUCACCCAGCAUUGGUGCAAGCGUCCUCCGGCCACCUUGUGGCCUGGAUCGGGAACAGCAUUACGACGACGAUCUUCGUUGAGACUGUUUGCAAGUGCCUCAUCAGCGGACAGGCUUGUCCAAUGGGUGUCGAGCAGUGGGGGGACAGUGUCACCUACCGUACAUGUAUCACCCCCAGAUUCAGUCAUGGGUGCCGGCCUGAGGGCUUCGAAGGCCUGCAGGUCAGGCGAGCUUCUGGUGUCGCUUCCCAGGUCGUGUCAGCUCUCCUAUGAUGGCAGCACGGAGCCCAACCUGCUGCAGCUCAUCUCCAAAGUCCCAGAAGAGCUCUGGGGCGCCAAACUGGCCCUGAGAGUGUUGAAGGAGAGGAUAAUGGGCCCAGACAGCCCCUUCCACAGCUACAUUGACAACCUGCCCAUGGGAGUGCCGGGCAUCCCCAUGUUCUUCUCCCCGGACGCCAUCAGGGCGCUCGAGCAGUAUCCGCCCCUCAGCGAGCAAGUGAAGAAGCGGUGUCGGUGGCUGCUGUCCUUCUCGUCAGAGCACCUGUCGGCGUUGCCAGGCUCCCCAGCCGACCCCUUCCUGGGCACCCCAGUCGAUGCCAACAUCCUGGGGUGGGCACUGGCAAUGACCACGUCGAGGGCUUUCCGAGUGCAGGGCCCGCAGCACCCGGCCGCGCUGCUGCCGCUCAUCGACAUGAGCAACCACAGCUUCGCACCCAACUGCGAGGUGAAGCCUGGGCCUGGGGGCUCUGUGGAGAUGGUGGCGAGCAGGGACAUCCGCGCAGAGGAGGAUCUGCUGCUCAGCUAUGGGAAGCUGGACAACACCUUCCUCCUACUCGACUAUGGCUUCAUGGUGCCAGGCAACCCCCAUGACACAGUGCUCAUCCGCUACGACCCCAUCAUGUUUGAGGCAGGACAUCUGUUGGCGCAAGGACAGGGAGCGCCGCCUGACAAUGCGCCCGACCUGGGAUCCGCCACUUUCCAGCAGCAGCUCCUCACAGAGAUGAACCUUCUGGGCCCCAAGGCUGAUCUGGAGCUGGCGUUUGGGCGGAGCCUGCAGCGGUGCAGUCCGCGGCUGCUGGCGGUGGCGCGCCUGUUCACGGCUGCCAGCGCUGCCGAAGUGCGCGGCCGAUCCGCCGAUGACCUGGGUGCCUGGGAUCAGCCCCUCUCCCUCAUCAACGAGGUGAAGGCGCUGCGGAUGGUGGCUGGAGUGGCGGCAAUGCUGCUAACGAGGUUCCCCACGACUCUGGAGCAGGACCGCCGCGCGCUGGAGGGGGGACCGGCGGUGGCAGCUGAGGGGGGACUGCCAGAGGGUGGACCCCAUCAGCUGGCGCCGGAUGUGCGCGCGGCGGUGCAGCUGCGCGCGGAGAAGAAGGCCGUGCUCAGCGAGGUGCUGCAGGACAUUGGGCACCGCAUCAGGGGACUGGCGUCACAGACGGUGCCACAAGGCGCAGCCGAGGCGUACAGGGAAUCUGUGAGCCAGGCGAGUGGCGGGCAGAAGAGGAAGUUCUCGACUUCCAGCAGAAAAGCAAAGAUGCGAAAUGGCAAAGGAUUUGGGUAGCGUGAAACAGCUGAAACUGCUUGUGAAAGUAAAAGUUGAGCGGUCUGUGUCUGGUGAAGUGGGAGAAUAUAGAAGUAAUCAGCAGCUGUCAGAAUUGAGGUACCGGGUCAUUAAAAUCGAUCUAUAGUCCGGACAGGGAGGAUCCUCGAUGGAUCCACAAGGACAGUCCACACAUGGAGGUUGUAACUUAAAGAUGAAAUCACAUAAGAAGUAGGCAUUCAUCACAUCCUGUACCAUGCAGUUCUCACCCGCAACAGAUCAAAGUCUCUUUCUUGACCAUUUGUGUCUUUCAAGUCCGAACAUAACCAAUAUUUCCCAGCUAUUCUGACAUGCAUCUAGAUUUCAACAAGAAAAUGUGUUGCAAGGGGGUAUCCCAUAUCAACAACAGAGGCACUUGCGCAAGCAUGCUUGCUCUGCUUGUGCACCUAAACCUCCUGUUUCUGGCUCCAAAGCUGUUCCCAUAAAAUUAAGAGAGGGCAAUUUUCAGUACACUGUUCAUCAAAUUACUCAUCGCCAACCGUCGAAUGGCUUGGAAUCAUUGUCCUCUAGCAUGACAUGUCCCAGAAGAUCCUGCUGAUUGGCAGCUGACUCAUUUGCAGUCCAAUCACAGGCCAGGGCCUUGCUCAACGCUGCCUGCCUGCUCACACCCACCUGCCCCCACUGGAGGACAUGCGCCUGCCGGCACCAACCGAGCUCUUGCUGCUCUGGCUGCCACUGCUGGCCAUACUGCGGCGGCUGCUGCUGUCACUCAGUGCCGGCUUGCUCGACACAAC